CAUCAAUGUCGCUCGACAAAACUGCUUCACUCUACGCAUACUUCGCACCAUGAAUUUGCUCAUAUGGAGACCUGCAACCAGGGUCGCUAGUCGGAACUUGCCCAAAUUCUCAAGUAGACCGCUCACGUCAACGGCAAGGCGGCGCAAUGCGCCUGGGGCUGUCGUACCGCCGCGCUCGUGGACGCCAACGCCGUACGUAACGGAGACAGUGGGAGGGGUAUGGCACACAUGUACGGGAUCGCCAUAGCGACAGCAAGGAUAACGUUUGCUGAUGCUUGGAGUGAAACAGACGACAUCUUCUCCAGAUUACUGAAGGAACGCAUCAUAUGUCUCAAUGGCGAAGUAGACCAGCCUACCUCGGCGUCGAUUGUCGCCCAGCUGCUCUUCCUCGAGGCAGAAAACCCAGACAAGCCAAUCAACCUGUACAUCAACUCGCCCGGCGGCUCGGUGACGGCAGGCCUCGCAAUCUAUGACACAAUGACCUAUAUUCGCAGCCCAAUAACAACGAUCUGCAUCGGCCAGGCGGCCUCCAUGGGCAGUCUUCUCCUUUGCGGCGGCUCCCCGGGCCACCGCUUCUGCCUCCCCCAUUCUUCCAUCAUGAUUCAUCAGCCGUCGGGCGGGUACUCCGGCCAGGCCAGCGACAUUGCCAUACAUGCCAAGGAGAUUUUGCGGGUACGAGACCAGCUGAACAGGAUAUAUCAGAAGCAUCUCACGAAGAAGCACUCGUUAGAAGAGAUUGAGAAGUUCAUGGAAAGAGAUUACUACAUGGGUGCGCAGGAGGCGCUCGAGUUCGGCAUUGUGGAUCGAAUAUUAGGGCGAAGAGAAGACGAGGACAAUGAGAGUGGAGAUGUCAGGUAGAAAUAUUGAUGCAAUGCGAUGGUUUUACUUUUCCCA